UGAAAUGUUUCAUUGUGACCCAGAACUGUAACUAGAUCAGAAACCAAUUAUGUCUUUCCUCUGUGAACUGGUUGUGGUGACCGUUGUAUUGUUUUUUUAUGGUCAAGGCUUUGCAGGAGAAAUCAUUGGAGGUUCUGAGGCAAAGCCUCAUAGCAGGCCUUACAUGGCACUUCUGAAGAGAAACGUAUCACAAAAUCAAGUCAAAUACUGUGAUGGAUUCCUUCUAGAUGAAGAUUUUUUAAUGACUGCUGCCCACUGUCAGGCUGAGUUUAUAACAGUUUAUCUUGGUCUUCAUUACGUGCAUGAUAAGAAAAAUGUGCAGGAGAUAACAGUAAAAGAAGCAUUUCCAUACAAAGAUUACAGGGAAGAUGGAUUUGUAAACGAUCUAAUGCUUCUUAAGCUGAGCUCCAAGGCACAGAUCAACAACUAUGUGAAACCUAUUGCUCUUGCAGACCAUAAUAGUCCAGUGCCACAACACUGCAUAGUCUCUGGCUGGGGAAAAACAAGCAUGAAUGCUAAACUCACGUCUAACAAACUGAUGGAAGUGGAAGUAACUUUGAUUGGGGAUCAAAAUUGUCCAAAUGAAAACUCAUUCUGUUCUGAGGGAAAAACUGGUCCAGGUCCUGGGGAUUCUGGAGGUCCGUUGGUCUGUGAGGGUGAAGUUGCGUACGGAGUAGUUUCCUCCAUUUACACACCGCCUUCAGGGGGCAAACAACUGUAUGUGUUUGCCAAGAUCUCUGAUCAGAAAAGAUGGAUCACUUCAACCAUGAAAAAGUCUCUGAUUAAAUAUUAAUGUUUUUUGGCUUAUCCAAUCACAUAUUUGUGGCGAAUGACAUUAACCCUUCAACACCAAAGAUUUUGCUUGUGUUGACCUUCUUGGAAAUAACCAUUACUCUUUAACCAUUUACGCAAUUUACAUAAUUCCAGCUGAUUUUCUGAAGUCGAGAAAAGCUAACAAUUUUUCAUUCAUUUUCUAAUCCGAUUAUUCCCUUUCGGGGUCACAGGGCUGCUGGAGCCUAUCCCGGCCACUUGUGGGUGUCCAGUCUGACGC